AUGGUCUACAGAGGCAAGCCCAGCCCUGGCUGCGCCGUAUGCAGGGCUCGAAGACUACUGUGCGAUCGCGGCCGGCCCUCGUGUUCCCAAUGUCUCCGGGCGAAUCGCGAGUGCUCAGGAUACCAAGACCUGCAAGCACUCCGCAUCCAUGAUCAAAGUCAAGAAAUUGUUGCCAAGGCUCAGGCCCAGGCUCGCCGAAAAUCUCCAAAGACAUCUCCCAGGACCUCUCCCAAGACCUCUCCAAAGCCCUCCUCGCCAGUCCAAUCAGUGAUACUCUCAGUGCCCAUGCCCGCUGCUAUCCCCGCUUCGAUGGAUGAGUGGGCCAUGUCCUACAUUUUCAAGCUUUAUGUUGGCACUAAUCAAAGCCGUGGCUUGCUCGCAUACUUACCAAAUCUUUUAAGCGAUGAUCCUUCUCCUGCGCUUCAGGCCACGAUCAAAGCCGUAGGGCUGGCUGGCAUGUCGAGGGUUCAUUCGCUGCCGAAGAUGAUGUAUUCUGCUGGGGUAGAGUAUAGUACGGCGUUGAUUGCGACAAAUCGUGCAUUGCAAGAUAGCACAGAGGCUAGAUCGGAUUCUACACUAGCAGCCGUUGUGCUACUCAGCACGUAUGAGAUGAUCACCUGCCAAAAUGCAGCUAGUGGUAGUAAUUUCAUGAGCAGCUGGUCCAACCAUGUCCGAGGGGCAACCAAGCUCCUUGAACUACGAGGCACCGAACAAAUGAAAUCACAUAGUGGCCAGGCCAUGUUCGGACUCGUUCGUAUGCAGAUUAAAAAAAAACUACUCCAGGCAUUCAACAACAUAUUCACCAGAGAAGGGAGCUCCCCUGAGCUCAUAGCUCUAUCCCGAACAGGAAAACCCCGUCGCGAUCCCGACUCGCAGUCAAUGGAAGAUUUCUACAACAUCGUCUCCCAAUUAGCCGAUCUCUCUAUCGAAGGCGACAAGGUCUUCACAGGGGAAUAUUCAUCAGCUGAGUCAGUCUCCUUGAUCAAUGAAGCACUGCAUCUCGACGCCGACCUGGAGUCAUGGGCUCUAUCCGUAAAUCCGAUCUGGCGGUGCAAAAGUAUCGAAGCACCCGUUGUCAACAACACAAACGAUCCUCAACAUUACCCCCUCUACUACGGCCGCAGGUACCACGCCUUCCACAACGUGGCACUCGCCUCGAUGUGGACAUACUUUUACCAAACACGCAUCAUCGUAAACGGAAUCAUCCAAGCGACUUGCAACAAACUCCUAUGGCAAGAUACCGCACAUAACUGCCGCCACACUCUCGAACAGUCCAUCGCAGUCAGCAAACAAAUGCUAGAAGAUAUGUGCGCCAGUGUACCAUAUUAUUUUACUUCAGGCGAGACGGGCCUUGCUGGAUUGAUGCGGUUGACAUGGCCGUUGUUCGUUGCGGCAGAUUGUGCAGUCGCAACGCCCGAGGAGAAGAACUGGCUUCAGCAGACUUUGGAGAAAAUCGAGAAAAUGACUGGUUCUCAACAGGCUCUUGCAAUGUCAAGGUUUUUGAAACAGGGAUUUGCAGUCCCGUUUAUCCCUGGGAAUGCGGGGAGAACGAGGUCUUGGGUCAUUCUUCGUGGUAAUUGA